AUGUUUAAGGACUUGUUGAAAGCUGUACAAGAUCUUGGUAGGCAGGAAACACAAGCGUCCCCUCAGAAUGUACAAACUAACUCCAACACGACGAGCUCAGUUGUGGAGCAGUUUCAUCGUUAUAAGCCCCCUACCUUUAACGGGAUGACUGGUCCUUUAGCAGCCGAAGAAUGGAUAAAGGUGGAUGCGGCAGGCCACUGGUGGGAGUCCGCUUCACGCACUAGGACUGAGGCACAGCAGAGCAACCUUACUUGGGCACGUUUUAAGGAGGAAGUGAUGGAAAAAUACUUCCCACAAGCCCUAAGAGACCGUAAGGAGACGGAUUUCCUACAAUUGAAGCAAGGAAAAAUGGCAUUAAUCGACUAUGAGAGGAAGUUUGAACAGCUUUCUAGGUAUGUGACACAUCUAGUAGAUACAUAUCAAAAGAAAGCUAGAAGGUUCGAACUCGGACUUCGCCCAGAAAUCGCAGGAAUCAUGGCAUCCCAUGAAUUCACCUCGUAUAGUCAAGUUCUACAAAGAGCUCAUGCGAUUUCGAAUCGAUUAGAAAUCGAUCAGACAACACAAGAAAAUACUGAAUUUUCAGGAAAGAGGAAAUGGAAUGGACCAAAUGAGGGUAAAGGAAAUGGGCAAAACAAGAGGACUAGCUUUGAAAGGUGGUCAGGGUCGAGCAAGCCGAAUAAUAUUGUUACUCCGUGCCCUAAGUACAAUAAGACACAUAGAGGCGAGUGUUGGUAUGGAAAGAAUGUGUGCUAUCGAUGUGGAAAGCAUGGUCAUAUUGCUACUAAUUGCCAUGACCCUCCACCAAAACGGGACAAUGAACAAAGCAAAGGGGGAACGGCCAAAGUGUUUGCGUUAACCCAGCAAGAGGAAACUGACAAUUAA